AUGGACAAGGUUGGGUCUGCCUCCACCGGCUCGAGCGGAGCUACAACAUCGUCUCUGCUUCUCGCAUUCGCAUCAUAUCAUACCUUUCUACAGAAGCUAUCACGUCGUAUAGCGCCCAGCAGCGUUUCCGGCCCAGCGCAGGACCUAAACACCUCCCUCCUCACAUCAGCCAUGCCGAUCGAAUUUCCCCGAGACAACACCUCCUCCAUCUCCUACCCAUCCUCCGAAAGCUCUUCCUCCGCCGCAUCAUCAACAGCAUCCUCGGAUGACGACAGGGAUGAAGAGUCCGCUAUGAUCCAGGCGGAAUGGGAAGAGUCGUUGAGGCAAAUGGAGAUGGUUUUGUCGAUUGUAAUUAUCCCGUUCUUUGGGAAGUGGUGGGGACGGAAAUGGGCAUACUGGGCGUACGACAGAUAUCUGCAUAUCGGACUGGGAAGAUCAUUCUUUGGCUUGAGAUGA